AUCCCCAAGGCCGGCGGACAUUAGAGCAACAAUCUCUCCUCCUCCUCCGCAAGCAAAGCAAAGCAAAGCAAAGCAAGCAACCGCAAGACCAAAAAGAUCCAAUAUUAAUAUUUCAAGAUCUAGAUCGUCACCACCUCUAGAACUAGAAGCCCCACUUCGCCCUCACUCAACCCUAAGACUCUUGUUUCUAUCACUCACUACCUUCAGCCUUGUGCUGCUUCUGAGGUACAUGCUGGUUAUCUUCAGAUCUAGGGUUUCUUACAUCGCUUUUUUAAGUUAAACCUUCCACCAUGGAACAAGACCCAAACAGUACCAGCGGAAGUGCUCCGGCCAGGGAAGAGCCCACCACGGUCAAGCUCCCGCCUAAGGAUCCGAAGAAGAAAGAUGAAAAGAAGGAUGAAGAUCUCUCGGAUGAGGAUUUGGCCUUAAAGCAGCAAUUGGAGCUUUAUGUAGAAAGAGUGCAGGACCCUGACUCAGGAUUGCAGAAGACAGCCCUCGACAACAUGAGACAGGAGAUACGAACUUCAACCAGCUCUAUGACCUCAGUUCCAAAGCCAUUGAAGUUCUUACGUCCUCAUUAUGCUACUCUUAAGUCUUAUUAUGAAACAAUGGUUGAAUCAGAUUUGAAGAAAUUCCUGGCAGAUAUACUAUCUGUUUUGGCAAUGACCAUGUCUGCAGAGGGAGAGCGGGAAAGCUUGAAAUACAGAUUGUUGGGAUCUGAAGGUGAAAUUGGUUCAUGGGGUCAUGAAUAUGUGAGGAACUUGGCUGGAGAAAUUUCGCAAGAGUAUGCAAAAAGACAGAGUGAAGAGGCCCCUUUUGAUGACCUAAUGGAACUUGUCCAGCAAAUUGUUGCUUUUCACAUGAAGCACAAUGCUGAAUAUGAGGCAGUAGAUCUCUUAAUGGAGGUUGAAGAUCUUGAUUUGCUAGUUGAGCAUGUUGACAAUACAAACUAUAAAAGGACUUGCUUAUAUCUGACCAGUGCCUCAAGAUAUCUCGCAGGACCGGAUGACAUGGUAGUUUUAGAUAUUGCCUAUGCGAUCUAUAUGAAGUCUGAAGAGUAUCCUCUUGCACUUCAGAUCGCAUUAUUCCUAGACAACAUGCAGUACGUGAAGCAGGUUUUCACUUCUUGCGGUGACGUGUUACGGAAAAAACAGUUUUGCUACAUGCUUGCUCGACACGGUUUAACCUUUGAACUUGAUGAGGAAAUGGCACAAGAUGAUGAAGAAAGGGAGGCAUUGCAAGAAAUUAUCAACAACACCAAGCUAAGUGAAGGGUAUCUUACCCUGGCCCGUGAUAUAGAAGUGAUGGAGCCGAAGUCUCCUGAAGAUAUUUACAAGGUGCAUUUGCUUGAUGGCCGAGCUAGUGCGGGGGCAAGUGUUGAUUCUGCCAGACAGAACUUGGCAGCAACAUUUGUGAAUGCAUUUGUGAAUGCUGGUUUUGGUCAGGACAAGCUAAUGACAGCUCCAUCAGAAGCUUCUAGUGGCACUUCCUCUGGGAACUGGCUUUUCAAGAACAAAGAACAUGGAAAAGCUAGUGCAGCAGCUAGUCUUGGUAUGAUUCUGCUUUGGGAUGUGGAUUCUGGACUUUCUCAAAUCGACAAGUACUUUCACAGUAACGACAACCAUGUUAUUGCGGGUGCUCUUCUAGGAGUUGGUAUUGUGAACUGUGGGAUCAAGAAUGAAUGUGAUCCUGCUUUGGCUCUUCUAGCUGAAUAUGUUGACAAGGAAGAUUCCUCUGUCAGAAUUGGUGCUAUAAUGGGUCUGGGCCUUGCAUAUGCUGGUGCACAAAAUGAGCAGAUACGUAGUAAAUUGACUCCUAUACUUGGAGAUGCAAAAGCUUCUCUUGAUGUUAUUGCAUUUACGGCAAUAUCACUAGGCUUGGUGUACGUUGGAUCAUGUAAUGAAGAGGUUGCUCAGGCUAUAAUAUUUGCACUGAUGGACAGAAGUGAGUCAGAAUUGGGAGAGCCACUCACUCGUCUUUUGCCACUAGCACUUGGUCUUCUAUAUCUUGGGAAACAGGAAAGUGUUGAGGCUACUGCUGAGGUUUCAAAGACCUUCAACGAAAAAAUCCGAAAAUAUUGUGAUUUGACCCUUCUUUCAUGUGCCUAUGCUGGGACUGGAAAUGUUCUAAAGGUGCAACACCUCCUUGGGCAAUGUGCACAACAUCUUGAGAAAGGUGAAACACACCAAGGACCUGCUGUACUUGGAAUUGCUAUGGUGGCAAUGGCGGAAGAGCUGGGUCUUGAAAUGGCCAUUCGUUCACUGGAGCAUCUUCUCCAGUACGGUGAGCAAAAUAUUAGAAGGGCUGUUCCUUUGGCUCUUGGGCUCCUUUGUAUUUCAAAUCCGAAGGUCAAUGUUAUGGAUACACUAAGUAGACUGAGUCAUGAUACAGAUUCAGAAGUAGCAAUGGCUGCGAUUAUCUCAUUGGGUGUGAUUGGUGCUGGAACGAACAAUGCUAGAAUAGCUGGCAUGCUUCGUAACUUGUCUAGUUAUUACUACAAAGAAGCCACCCUUCUCUUUUGCGUACGCAUUGCUCAGGGCCUUGUCCAUUUGGGGAAAGGCUUACUCACUCUAUCUCCUUAUCACUCAGAAAGAUUUCUGCUGUCCCCGACUGCACUAGCUGGGAUAGUAACGCUGUUGCAUGCAUGUCUUGAUAUGAAAGCCAUCAUAUUGGGGAAAUACCACUAUGUUCUUUAUUUCCUUGUUUUGGCAAUGCAGCCAAGGAUGCUGAUGACUGUGGAUGAGAACCUGAAAGCUCUUCCAGUGUCAGUUAGGGUAGGGCAAGCUGUGGAUGUUGUUGGGCAGGCAGGUCGACCCAAGACGAUUACAGGCUUCCAGACCCAUACAACUCCUGUUCUUCUUGCUUCUGGUGAUAGAGCAGAGCUUGCGACCGAUAAGUAUAUACCCUUAUCUCCUAUCCUUGAAGGCUUUGUCAUCUUGAAAGAAAAUCCAGAUUACAGAGACGACCAGUAGUAUUGUAGUUUCCUUUGACCACAACACAAUAAUUUCUCUUGACGUUUCUCUUUUUUCUAUUUUCUACUGUAUUCUGUUUGGGCUAUUAUUAUCAUCUUUAACAAUAUUUAUUUCCCCUGCUACUGGUGCUUUAACAGCAGCAACAACAGCUAGACAGUUUUGGGUUUAGGGAAACUGAGUCGGCCCUAGACACUCUCACUCAUUUAUGUAGGCUUUUUAGUUAUAUUGUCCCAAAUACAAAUCAAAUAUGCACAUUAAUUUUUUGCUUUAUGCCAAAAGAGUUGUUGAAUUCAAAAAUCAAAUUUUGUUUGAA